AUGAGUCAUUCCAACAUUGAAGAGACUGAACCUUUACUUACUGAUGCACGAACACCUAAUGACCCUGACGAUGAAGAAACCCUCCGUGGUAGCAGCAGCAACUUCGGUGGUACCUUAUCAGAACCAGCACAGCCGCGUACUCCACGUACUCGUGAAGCUCCACGCGACCACACCAACUUCCUUCCAUUACGACAUGGAAAAUUCACACGAUUGGAAACUAUGCUAGCUUUCACAUGUCUUCUUCUUUUAAUUCUAAUGAGCAUUUUUGCUGGCUUAUAUGCAAGUGGAAAGUCUAAUAAACACACAAUAACUCCAGGACCACCACAACCAUCACCUUCAAUUCCAUCAGAGCCAUUACCACCAAAAGAUAAUGAUACUGUAAAGGGUCCUUGCACAACACGAGAUUGUGUUAUAAUUGCUGGUAAAAUAAUUGAUGAUAUGGACCAAAGUGUCGAUCCAUGCGAAGAUUUUUACCUAUAUAGCUGUGGAGGAUGGAUUAAAAAAUCCGUAAUUCCUGAUGAUAAAGGACUUUAUAGUUACAUCAACAUACUUUAUGAAGAAAAUCAGAAACUUCUUAGAAACAUUUUAGAAGAUGAUUUUAAAUCACCUCAAGUGGCGGUAUUACCAUCUCCAUCUUCAUCGAUUGAUAAAAAAAACUUUUAUAAUCUUCAGUCGUUUUAUCAAUCAUGUAUGGACGAGGAUCGUAUCUCUCAACUUGGAGGUACUCCUUUGGUACCACUAUUAGAUCGAUUAUUUGAGAACUUUCCUGUUGAAAAUAAAUUCUCAUUGUUUAAUAAUUUCGGUUACCAAAAUGAUAAUCUUCAACAAGCUGAUUCUCUCAAUCUACUUAAUUUGACAAAUACCUUGUCUAACUUAUCAAUUAUUGGUGUGCAACCAUUACUUGAAUUCUUUGUCGAAGCUGAUGCAAAAAAUCCGAAUAAGAAUGUCUUAUAUUUAACUCAAAGUGGUCUUGUUCUACCCUCUAAAGAAUACUAUGAAGAUGUACAAGUUAUGGGAACAUAUAAGAGCGUAAUGGCUGAAUUACUAGGAAGAGCAUUAGAUAAUAGAAGUAAUUUUAUCAUUGAAAUGGGAUAUUCGACAUCCGAUAGUGUAAUGGAUGAUAUUUAUGAAUAUAGCAUAGAAAGAGUUUGGUUUAGAGGCUGGGAAGAUAUCGCUGAUAAAAUUAUAGAAUUUGAAAAGUCCUUAGCUAAAAUUUCUCUAUCACCCGAAGAAUUUUAUGAUCCUGAAGCUACUUAUAAUAUGCAUACUAUAAAAUCUCUCGAAAAGCUCAGUCCAACCUUUCUUUGGUCUCAUUAUAUCAGUUCCCUUUUACACCCAACCGUUUCAGAUCUUCCAUCAAAAAUAAUACUGACAUCAAAUCAAUAUUUUGAAAAUCUUUCAGUUCUUGUAAAAAAGACCCCUCCACAAAUUUUGCAAGCUUACUUUGCUUGGCAAAUCAUUGCGAAUCAUGCUAAUAAUUUGGAUGAAAAUUUUCGAGCCCCUUUACGAAGAUUGAUGGCAAAGUUAAGAGGUGUUGAUGAAAACGUAAAGCCAAAAAGAUGGGAGGUUUGUCUUAGGUCAGUUGAUAAAGCAUUAGGUUUUAUGGCUGGAAGAUAUUAUGUUUUGAAGGCUUUUG